CUGCGAUAAGAAGAUUGACGAUAAGAGUAAAACAUACGAAGCCUUGCGCUUGUCCGACGUACACAAUUACUUUCCCCUCUUCUUCUGGACGUGAUUUCGACAGCCUCGAUAAUCUCCUUCCCGCCUUUUUCAUUUUCGAAGAACAAUCAAGGCUGGUGAAGUCUGCUUCUUUUUACCAGCGGUGGAGGACGCCACCAACUUUAUAUCGAGGGAAAAGCAACGCUGGUCUUAGUGAGGGAGAUAGUGGGACUGAUGUUGUCUUGAGUGGUGAGGAUUGAAUGCUAUUGCUGGUAUGGAUCUGCCAUUGUGACCUGCGAUUCCGUAGGGAGUAUAUUGUGAAGGUACUGAAUGUUUUUGUCGUAGGGAUUGUGUCGCCGGAUAUUCACAGACUUCGAGUGUCAGUACACGAUACCUUCAUUGGGACGGUCCUGCGAGAUACCCAGCUGCGUAAAACGUACUCUUUGGAACGGCAUACUUUGAGGAUACAAUACGGGGCUUGUUUGAUUACAACGUGCCUGGGAACGGAUACGGUUACAAUCUCGAGGUGGUCGUGUGUUAAAACAACUUGGGAAUACGUGGGGUGGGAUUCGAUCUGGGCUCUUUCGACGGGCUUCUGCGAGUCCCGAUACUCAGGCGGAAGUGCUAUAUUUGAAUAUACGGAAUUAGGGGGUAACGAAGAGUCUACCGCUCAUCAAAUACGCUUGGGUAUCUUCUGGGACUCGAGAUAUCGUCUAUUCCAAAAUAUACGACUUGGGCUGGGAUUCAGGACAAACCCCAAGCCCUUCACUCGGGCAAGGUUCUGAGAUCUGGUGUUACGCAUAUCGCCAAAGUUUUAUACAAUCUACCGCUAAAUUCUAUUAUUUAAAAUCAAGAUGGAUGACCAAGGGUCAAGUUCGGCUGGUCCAUCGUCACAAUACUUCAGAGAGCAAAGAAACGAGCGCCCUCUUCCUCCUUUCCCACCAUUUGCUCAGCAAAAGAAUCUCCCAGCAGAACCGAUGGAUUCCAAUGUUUACCAACAACUUGUAGAGACGGGCGAGGCGUCGGGAAGUCAAGAUGUCAAUAGACAGUAUGAACUUUGGCGGGAAUCAGGGUUUGAAGGAACCCCAGGUACUUAUUCUCAGAAUGAAUCACCUUUACCUCCUACACCUCCAGAUACCUUGGUAAGUGAAUCAAGAGGAAGAGGAAACUCUGCACCUCAAAUCCAAACAACCAGCGAAGACGAUGACGACCUGGUGAAUGAAACAAGCAUAAUACAAAUACCCAAUAUUGAUGGAAGAGCAUCAGCCAACUCGGUUUCUUUUGCACUGCCCACCCCCAGCAACACUGCAAACGUAAAUGCUCCCAGAGAAAGACCACCAAGUCAGAGUCGAUACAGACGAAUGACGAACACGAGCACACCUACAGAGGUUGUUGUUCCUAGGUGGCAGCCAGACGCUGAGGUUACUAUUUGUCCUAUUUGUCAUACGCAAUUCAGUAUGGUACCCAAUAUUUCGCCCUCUGUGAAUGACUAUCUAACUUUUGAAAGGUUUCUUCAUCCGGAAACAUCAUUGCAGGUAUGUCAUAUGAUAUUUGUUAAAGACUCGGAAAAUGGUUGAUGUUCUAACAAACCUUUAGAAAGUGUGGUCGAGUCGUUUGCAACGCUUGUUCCCCGCACCGAAUCACCAUACCAUAUCAAUAUAUUGUUCAACUCCCAGUCGAGGGAGUACCAGAACCAUCUGCAAGUUCCCGUACCCGUCCAGCCAGAGAUCCAGCACGGGCAGGAAGUGCUGCAGAGGUUGCCAGUCUUGGAGGAGGGGAACGCGUGAGACUCUGCAACCCUUGCGUACCAGACCCAAACACUGCACCCCCACAAACGGAUUCUAGAAUACAAUCGCCAACACAAUCAAACAGACCCGGUCAUGGCCGUUCUGUAAGCGGGGUCGUUUCGUCAUACAGUUCUUACCAUCGAACCCAAACACAACCAAACAGGCAAAUCGCGCCUAUUUCCGUUCGAGACGCGCUGCGUAAUUCCCCCGGAAGACCUGGACCCAGCAUGUCAGACAACCUUCAUCCCAGAGGCUCGUCUUAUAGUCUCGGGGAAGAUCCUAGAUCAGGGCUCGAUAUAUAUGAAGCUCGGUCCCGAAGCAGUACAGUGCGUGGCCCCCCUUCCUCAACGAUCGAUCAAACUGACAGCAUGAUCCCAGGUCAGCGGUGCCUCACGUGUGCAACGGCAUAUGGUAAUUAACAGGAAACCCAAUAAAUACAAUAGAGACUCCUUUCGCUCACGUUGUGUUUUUUCUUUCUAGGGCAACAACAAUAGCACUACUUCAACCGAUUCAAUGGCUACCACUUUCGCUCAACGAUAUUCUCCUGUGGUGCCUAGACAAGAUGCAGAUUUAUCUCGCCCUUUACCUUCCAGACCUCAACCGAGACAACAGAUUCCCGAAGAAGACGAAUGCUGGAUCUGUCACCAUGAACUCCCCUCCCGAACUCUCCCCAAUUUCGAAACCAUACGCGCGCAACACGUCGAAGCCUGUCUAAGAUCCGUUCUGGAACCCUCCUCCUCCUCUUCUUCACCUCCCCCAGGCUCGACCAGCACCCCCGCUCGACCAAUCACCAACGCUGCCUCCUCGUCCACGCCCAACGCCGCCUCCCCUGCAGUGGGCUCGCCGAAGCCGGCUCAGAGGCGCACAGGUGUUUUCCCAUAUGUGGCUACGGAGAAGGAUUGUGUGGAUGACGCCGAGUGCACGAUUUGUCUCGAGGAGUUUGAGGUGGGUGUUGAGAUGGGGAGAUUGGAGUGCUUUUGUCGGUUUCAUUUAAGGUGUAUCCGGGAUUGGUUUGGGAGUCGACCCGGUCAGUGUCCGGUUCAUCAGCAUGGUGGGGGGUAUUGAGGGGUGUUGGGGAUGGUCUCACAUAGUUGAUGGGGGAUUUGCCCAGAGAAUAGGUGAUGGUCACAUGUGGAGUGUGCUUAAUGAAGUAAUGUCGAUGUUCGAUGUUCAUGGUUUGGGUCGGGAGCAGGUUUGUACCUUUGCGCUUUUUCGCAUUUACAACUUUCAUUCGUUCGUUUCGCUUUUUUCUUUCACGGGAGAGAUGGAUGGAUGGAUGGAUAUGAUUCUCUGGGGUGCGCUGCAUGGCAUUCGUUCAUCUCGUUUCACUUUUUCGUUUUCGGUUUGUUUUUUACGGGGGUAUCUGGCAUUUGGCAUAGGAUAGAUGAUGGGAUUUUCCUUUUUUCUCUAUUUCUUCUUCUUCUCGAUUACUGGGCGUUUAGUUUUUUUUUGUUGUGAUGAUGUAGAUACGAUACCUACUGCCUGCUUGCUGCCUUUGCGAGAUUGAUUUUUUUUUUUUUCUUUUCUUUUUUCUCUAAAGUCUGCUUUUGUUGGGGAUUGAGGGACGUUCGUUUGUGAGUAGCAAGAGAGAUGGGAUGGAUGGGUAUGCGUGGGUGAGAUGAGAUGGGAUAUGUUGAGAUGGGAU